AUGCCCUCUCUAGUGCUGUGGCUGAGUGCAGCCCUGCCAGGUCUGCUGUGGGCCUCCCAGUCUACUCUUUUAGGAGGGGACAAGAAUACCUCCAAGAUCUGCAAACCUGCCCCCUCCUGGGACAUAAAUGGCCGCUCGCCGAUGCAAGAGCAGCUAGGAAAUGUGGUGGUGGCUCUACUGAAGGCCAGCUGACAUUUCUGUCGCGUUCAGGCGUCCAGGAUUGGACGCCUGCGCCGCAAACUCACUCGCAGCAACUUAACGGAGGUGUCCUUCAUGAUUGUAAAUGAGCAAGAUCCUGUAUCCAGAGCCAUGUACUGGGAGCUAAAGAGAAAAGCUCCCAUUGAAGUCCCAGUGUAUCAGCAGGGAGCUAAUCAGAGUGAUGUGUGGGAGGUGCUGGAUGGCGACAAAGAUGAUUUCCUGAUCUAUGAUAGAUGUGGUCUUCUCACUUUCCACAUUGUCCUGCCGUUCAGUUUCCUGUAUAACCCAUACGUAGAGGCUGCAAUCAGAGCCACUUAUCUGAGAGACAUCUGCAACUGCUCUGUGAGUAAUCAGAUUAGAAGCACACACAUGCAGACACAAGGGCUGGAAAUAAAAAUUGUUCAGAUUUUCAGUGCUCACGCUUGA